AGCCUGCAGUUCCCUCAGCUUUCCUCUAUGAUGACAUCGCCCUGGGGAAGAGAAGCUGAGAGGAACUCCUCACUCAGCUAGCUUCAGGAGCCACGACAUCAUCUCUACCAUGGAAAUUCCACUCGCUCUGCUGAGCCCCCACAUUUGUCCCAGGCCUCAGGGUCUCUAUAAAGAGAGAUUCCCAACUCAGUAUCAGCACAGGACACAGCUGGGUUCUGAAGCUUCUGCGUUCUGUAGCCUCACCUCUGAGAAAACCUGUCUUCCACCGACACCAUGAAGCUGCGCGUGACGGUCCUGUCUCUCCUCGCGCUAGCAGCUGCCUUCUGCUCUCCAGCACUCUCAGCACCAAUGGGCUCAGACCCUCCCACCUCCUGCUGCUUUUCUUACACCGUGAGGAAGCUUCCUCGCAACUUUGUGGUAGAUUACUACGAGACCAGCAGCCUCUGCUCCCAGCCAGCUGUGGUAUUCCAAACCAAAAGAGGGAAGCAAGUCUGCGCUGACCCCAGUGAGACCUGGGUCCAGGAGUAUGUUAAUGACCUGGAACUGAACUGAGCUGCUCAGAGAUAGGAAGUCUUCCGGGAAGGUCACCUGAGCCUGGACGCUUCUCCAUGAGACGCAUCUUCUCCACACUCAGGACUCCUCUCCGCAGUUCCUGUCCCUUCUCUUAAUUUAAUCGUUUUUAUGUGUUGUGUUAUUGUAUUAGGUGUUAUUUCCAUUAUUUAUAUUUGUUUAGCCAAAGUGUCUCCUAUGGAGAUGGUCCACCGUCACUGUUUCUCUGCUGCUGCAAAUACAUGGAUAACACCGUUAAUUCCAUGUGUUUUCAUAAUAAAACUUUAAAAUAAAAUGCA